GCUGAGCUCUUGCUGUUAAGGGGAGUUUGGCUCGUCUGAAACUAUUUACACUUAUUCUUUAGCGUGUAAGGAAGCUGCACUUUGGAAAGCAGUGUCUUUAUUUUUUCUCGUUGUUGUGUUAAAGAAAGAAAAAGCUGAGGAUGAAAUUGAUCCUGUUCUUCGUUAUCUCCUGCUUCGCCUUACAUAACGGGAUGGGAGCACCCGCAACUGCUGUGUAUAAGUUUGUGAGAUGUAACCCUGAUGGCGACCAGGCGAACUGUGUGACUCAACAAAGUCCAGAGAUGGCAUGGACUCCAGACCUGCCAGCCAAACUGCCUGCUUCAACUGCACAGUAUCUAGAGGCAGAGCCUGUGGAGGAUGAGAGUCCACUCUGGGAGGAGGAAGAUGAGGAAGAUGAGGAAGUGGAGGAAGAGGAGGAAGAGGAGGAAGAGGAGGAAGAGGAGGAAUCACAGAUGACCAGUGAAGACAGGGAGUCACCUGUGGUGCCUGAGGAAGGCUCUGGCAUUUAUGAAGGCUCUGGAGCUGAAGAUUCAUUCGCAACAGACCUGGCCUCAAUGGCUGAGACCGGCUCUGGAGAGUCCUGGACAGAGGAAGACACAGAGCCAUUCAGUGGUGGACGAGCAGAUACAAGGAGUAUGCGUCCGCUUGAUGAGGCAAAACCAGCAGAGCACGAGAUGAAAGAAGACCACCUUCUGCAGCCGUAGACUCUACUCCCAUAUGCAUGCACACACACAGACACACAUACAAUUCUAGCAUCUAUUUUACUUCUAUCCUCUCAAUCCAAAUAGUAAAACAAAUAUUGCAUCAUUACCCAGUGGUGGAUAAAUUUGGUUGCUGAGAGAUCGACAAGGGCCAAAUAUAUGUAUUUUAUAUUCUCAGUGUUAUUGAUGAGAAUUAUUCUCUUCAGGAACAAAAGAACAACAAUGUACAUUUAGCUAAAAGAAUGGUCUGCUUUAAUGAGACACACUGUAUACACACUUUAAGUUUUCAGUGAUCUGCAUUUGCGCUUUCUUGUGGAAAAGAAGUGUGAGUUGGGAUAUGCUUUUAUAAUUUUGAUAUAUGCUUUUAAAUAAUUGUAACACCGGUGCAAUAUUGGAUGUCGACUUUGUCCACGCAUUGCUCACUCUGUGCAGCUGAGGUUCCAACCAUAUUUUUUUGGAGCCCAUAAGGCUUGUGUUCCUUUAAAACACACAAAAACUGGACUUAUUUAUAUUAUUUGAUCCCUUUGUCUCAAAUGUUGUGACACUUAACACUUACCCAGUAGGUUUAUGCAACCUAUUUUGGGAACUUCUGGUCUGCUAGAUGGAGCAAGAGAAUCUUGCACACAAAAACCCCUCAGGAAGAGAUUCACGCAAUCUUAACCACUGUGAGCUGAAACAUUUUCAAUAUAUGUAUCAUGCACAUGCAUGCAUUUCGAGCAUUGUCUAAUUUGCAUUUGAAAUACUUCUAUCAAUAAAGGAUUUAUAAUUCA